GUCGCUAGGAGACGCUGUUGGUUUAGCUUGCCCCCAACAGAGCCAGGGGCAGAACUGGUUCUGGGAGAUAGAAGGGAGGCGCACAGCUCCGUCCAGUUCCCGGGCUCCUAUAGAGCCAUUGUCGAGUUUUGCAAUAUGAAGAUGCGAAGAGUUCACCGCUGGACAGACCUCCUGCUGUCACCACUUAUGAGUCCCUAACAGAGAAGCCGCCACCUCAGGUGGCCACUAUGGAAUCCGAUAGUGGCGGUGUCAUGCAUCCUGUGCCAGCUCCAGGAUCCCAGCCGCCAGCGGAGAAGUCCAGGACAUCCUCUUAUCAGUUGCCUGAUGUGGAAACACCGGGCAGCUGUGCUAUUAACUGUAAUAGUUGUCCUGCUUCUCUAGAUUCGACUGUAACUGAAACAUCACCAUCGUUAGAAAAGUCCUUAUCGCUCCCAUUAAUGCAUAUCACAGAAUCAGCUAGUACCUAUGCCACUCACACUGUUGGGCCAACUUCUGAAUUCAAGUCAUCACUGGAUAAGCUGACAUUACCAUCUCAGCUGGCCACCAUAGAAACAGAUGGCAGCUGUCCUGCUCACCUUGCUACUACAUCAGCUUAUGCAUCUGGACCACCAGUGAAGACAAAGACACCCUCUCAUCAGUUACCUGAUGUGGAAACACUCGGCAGCUGUGCUAUUAACUGUAAAAGUUGUCCUGCUUCUCUAGACCUGACUCCAAUGAGUGAGUCGUCAUCCUCCCUAGAGAAGUCUACAUUGCUACCGGCUCAACUGCCCAUUACAGAAACAGCUAGAACCUCUGCCAAUCAUCCUGCUGGGCCAACUCCUGGAUUCAAACCAUUGGUGGAGAAGCUGCCAAAGUUGUCUCCUCAGCUACCCCCCACAAAAACAGACAGCAGCUGUCCCACUCGCCUUGCUACGUCAUCUUGUGAGUCAUGGUCACCAAUGGAGAAGACUCCAUUUUCAUAUCGCGUGCCAACCAUAGAGAUCUAUAACAGCAGCUUUGUUUCUCCCAGGCUUGAUGCAUCUUCCUCUAGGCCCCAGGUACUGAAGGAGUCGUCGAUGCUAUUCCCAUCUCAGAUUUCCACUGUGGAAUCACGUGAUGGUUUUGCCACGUGCAAUAUCCGUCCUGCCUCUUCCUGUCUUAAUAAACUUACAGGUGAGCCUCAGCCAUUGCUGAAGAACCUGAGGCCACCUCUUUCUCAAUCAUCCACCAUAAAAAAAACUAAUCGUCAUACAAUCUGGAUUAAUCCUUCCUCUCUGGGCAGUCCUCCCUCUCUGGACUUGGCUAUGGCCACCUCUGAGCCUCGGCCAUCAUCGAGGAAUCUGAUGUCAUCACUGUCUUCAUUAUCCACCGUGAGAAAACCUAGCAGUCAUACCACCCAGAACAUCAGCCCUGUUCCAUCUGGCCUAGCCAUGCCCACCUCUGAGUCCCAGAGCUCAUUAAAGAAUGUGAUACCAUCUCCAUUGUCCACCGUGAGAGAAACUUGCAGCUUCACCCUCUGUACCAUCAGAUCUGUCGCUGAAUCCCAACCAUCGAACAACCUGGUUUCACCAUCUACCAGAGAAACAUUGAGUAGCCAUGCCACAUGUAACAUCAGUCCUUCCCCUCUGGGCCCAACCAACAACAUCGGUACAGAAGGGCAGGAAGAAGGCAAUCUCCGGGUUUUGAGUGGCCCUGUGGCAAGCCAGGAGUACCAAGCCCAGAACUCCUGGGGCAAAGAACCACCUCUCUGUUUCACGAUUAAAACCGACACAGUGGGAGCGAUAUUAGGACGAAGAGGAUGCAAGAUCAAGAAGCUGCAAGAAUCCUCACGUUCUAAAAUACAGGUCAUCAGAGGAGAACGUGAGGCAGAAGUGAGGAUCUAUGGCAGCAAAGAAAACCAGAAAUCGGUUAAAUCAAUAAUAGAGGAAAUAAUCGUGAAAACAGAGAGUUUUUCGAGGGAGGAAGCACAAGGGAGUGACACCUUGAAAAUGUGUCAUGAUGAAAAAGGCCCAGAAAGGAAGGUACCUGUGAUUGAUUGGGACGCAAUCAGACAGAGUCACCUCCAAUAUGUAAGAACCAAGUGGGAAGGCCUUCCUCCAAUUAAGAAAGACUUCUAUUUGGAAUCUGCUAGGACCAAGUCAAUGUCACAAGCAGAAGUAGAUAAAUGGCGAAAAAAAGAAAAUAAUAUAAUGUGUGAGGACUUAAAAAAAGGUGAAAAACGAGAUAUUCCACACCCUGUUUGCAAAUUUGAAGAUGCAUUCGAGUAUUAUCCUGAAGUUAUGGAUAACAUGAAGAAAGUGGGUUUUACUAGACCUACACCAAUUCAAUCUCAGGCAUGGCCAAUAAUAUUAAAAGGAAUCGACCUAAUUGGCAUUGCCCAGACAGGUACUGGGAAGACAUUAGCAUACCUAAUGCCAGGUUUUAUCCAUCUUGAUCUCCAACCAGUAGCCCGGGAGAAAAGGGGUGGUCCUGGAAUGUUAGUCCUCACACCAACAAGAGAAUUAGCUAUCCAAAUUGAAAGUGAAUGUAAAAAAUACACAUAUAAGGAGAUGACAAGCAUUUGCAUUUAUGGCAGCGGCGACAGAAGAGGUCAAAUUGAGAGUGUUAGCAAAGGUGUGGAUAUUAUCAUCGCCACCCCUGGCAGGCUCAGUGAUCUUCAGUCAAAUGAUUUCAUCACGCUUAACAGUAUAACCUACCUGGUUCUAGAUGAGGCAGAUAAGAUGCUAGACAUGGGCUUUGAGUCUCAGAUCUUGAAAAUUUUAUCAGAUAUACGGCCAGAUAGACAGACGAUAAUGAUCAGUGCCACCUGGCCUGAUGCCGUUCGUCGUCUUUCUCAAAAGUAUUUGAAAGAUCCGAUGAUCGUGUAUGUUGGUACCUUGGAUUUGGCUGCAGUAAACACCGUGAAACAAAAAAUAAUCAUAACUACGGAACAAGAGAAACGAGGCUUAGUCCAUUCUUUUAUUGAUUCGAUGAAACCCGAAGAUAAAGUAAUUAUUUUUGUUGAUAGAAAAAUUAUUGCUGAUGAUAUAUCCAGUGACCUGAGCAUCCGGGGCAUACCUGUGCAGUCACUACAUGGUAGUAGAGAACAGAAUGACCGGGAACAAGCAUUAAAUGAAUUUAAAGAAGGGGUAGUGAAAAUCUUAAUAGCGACAGAUCUGGCAUCCCGUGGUCUUGAUAUACUGGAUAUCACCCAUGUUUAUAAUUUCGAUUUUCCUCAAAACAUCGAAGCGUAUAUCCACAGGAUUGGACGUACGGGACGAGCUGGAAAAUCUGGAGAAGCAAUCACCUUACUCACUAAAAAUGAUUGGAAAAUUGCUGAAGAGUUAAUUAACAUCUUAUAUCGGGCUAACCAAGAAGUCCCCCCAGAGCUUAUAUCAAUGGCUAGACAAUAUCGACAACACAGGCAUCGAAAGAGGGAGGAAAAAAAAUUAGUCAGAUAUUAUAAGGCAAGAAACACUAAUAGUUAAGCUUUUAAAACUUCUUGGUGUUCAUGUUAAUAAAAUCAAAACAAGUAAAAAAAAAA